CUUCUGUUUACAGUUGCAGCAAAACAAAAGUCAGCUGUUUUUUAUCGAGCAUUUGUGUUGCGUUGAAAAUGCUGCGAAAUUCGUUUUUUGCCAAUGGCAAGCUGAGACAAUCGCUGGCCAGUGUUCUGGGAACAAACAUCGCUAGAAAGAGCAGCACUGCGACGCCACCAAUCGACUCCGGCACCCAAAAAGAGGUGCGCCAUCACGAGAAUCAUGCUUCAGAAUGGUGGAACCCAAAUGGAACUAUGGGAGCUCUAUAUGCUCUCAACGAGAUACGAGUUCCCUUCAUUCGCGAUGGCAUGGUAGCGCGCGGGACAGUAAAACCUAAUUACGUAAACACCACAAGAGUUCUGAGUGGACAGCGAAUUUUAGAGGUAGGCUGCGGUGGCGGCUUGCUAACAGAGCAACUGGCACGUCUCGGAGCCCAGGUUACGGGUAUAGAUCUCGGCGAGAAACUCAUUGAAGCGGCUCGCACCCACCUGAAGUGCUUCAGUCCCGAACUGAGUAGCAAUGUGGACUACAUAAUAGAGCCGGUCGACCAGCAUGUCAAGACCAAUUGCGAGUGUUAUGACGCUGUGAUUGUAUCCGAGGUGCUGGAGCACGUGGACGACAAAGUGGCCCUGCUGGAUGCCAGCGUACGAACUUUGAAGCCGGGUGGCUCAAUUUUUAUAACGACCUUGAACAAAACCCUUCCCAGUUGGUUUGGCGGCGUUAUUUUGGGCGAAUAUGUUCUCAACUUGGCGCCCAAGGGAACACAUCACUGGGACAAGAUGAUUUCACCCCUGGAUGUGCAGCGUAUCUUGGACACAAUGAACUGCCAGACUAUACUGGUCAAUGGUAGCACCUACGACUUUUGGAGCAACACCUGGCGCUGGAUUAACAGCACCCAAAUGUGCUAUGCCCUCCACGCGGUGAAACAGCCGCUAAGCAAUUGUACUUGAAUUGUUAUAUAUUUUAUUUAACUUUAACUAGUACUAGAUCAGAGUAAAAAAGUAAAU